AUGUCGACAUCCUCAAAUCAAAUCUUAGCAGCCUCUGACCUUCAGACCGAAGUGGUUACUGCACUGCUGGAUUUCUACAACUUCCUCGCUCGACUGCCAUGGCUUGAGCCAUCCGACAUCUUAGAGCCUCCAGCGCAAGGCUGGCCUAACAUCACCAGCGAUAACUUUGCACCACUGCACAAGAACGGCACAGUGAUCGAAUUGCUCAAGCGUCUACCAUAUCUUCGUAUGGACGGCCCAUCUGAGAGAAACACGUUAGCUUGGUCGACAUAUCCAUGUGAUUACCGACGUGACUAUUUUCAGAAAGUAGAGCCUGGCAUCGAUUGCUGGGAGAUACCGGACACAAGUGAACGCGACUAUGAUUUUCCGGAAUGGGUUGUUGCUCUCACGUAUGGGAAAGUACACGGGCAAUACAUCAUGCUCGACACUACAGAUGGUAUUUACGAUCAGACCUUAGCCGAAGCCUGCUUCCAUGCGGUUUUAUCGAUGACUGAUCAUGUUUUUGUUCUACAAUUAGGAACGGCGAUGAGGUACCAAGUGCAAACUCUUCAUGACCCAGUGUUCGGAGCCGAUGACCCUCGAGCCUGGCGCAAUGAAUGCUCAAACCCUGGAAGCACUGCGCGUCUCAGCGAUAUACUCAAUGAAUGGAAGAAUGAUUAUGCGCAGCUGCAUUUGAUCGGCCAGACCAAUGGUAGGGGACCAGUGCAUGCUGAUAGUUCUGGCGAGGAGUACAAGGUUCGGAUAGACUUCCGUCCUUCUCGAUGA